UCGCAGCGCAGUGUUUUGGACCUCUCGCUCGCCGUAGCGGGCUGCCGUUCGCUGGCUGGCUACAUGUAGCUCAGUGUUGUUGAGGGUAAACACACGCACACUGUGUCAUCUACGAUGGUGGCGGGGUGGCAGUCUUCGUGACCCGACGAUGGACGUCCGUGGUAACGCAGCCGAGUCGCAGAGCGCACGCGCCUCGCCCGGUCCACGCGACCACGUGCUCGGUCCUGACUCACACAUGUACGUCCAGGGCUACAAGUGGGUGCGCUGGCGGGUGUGGUGUUGUCGCCUGGCGGCUGCGCUGUCCUUGGGUCUCCUGUUGAUCGUGUUUCACUGGCAGCCCCGCCUCGCCGUCCUCGCCCGCUGCCGCUCCUGCCCUCUGGCUCUGGCAGAUAUUCUUCUGAUAACUGACAGCUUCGGCCGGCGUCAUGUGAUGAAGGUCCUCACAGAGGAGAUGGAACACGGCAGCGUGGACUUGUUGGGUGAGCUGGAGGACAAUGACUGCAGGGACACGGUUCAGCUGCACAAGGAGGAGAAAACACUGUUGCGCUACUACCUGUUUGAGGGACUGCGUUACAUCUGGCUGGCCAGGAAAGGAUCCUUCUGCCGUGCCAGUGUCCUCAAUGAGAACUGGACCCGCAAGGACCUGCACAGUUUCCAAAAGGGCCUGAGUCCCCUGGAGCAGAGCUUGAGGAAACGCAUGUAUGGGCCCAACCUGAUCGAUGUGCCUGUGAAGCCUUAUGUGCAAAUGCUGUUUGAGGAGGUCCUCAACCCAUUUUAUGUGUUUCAAGCGUUCAGCAUCACCCUGUGGCUGGUCGAUAAAUAUUAUUUUUACGCCAUAUGUAUAUUUAUUAUCUCCAUUUUCUCCAUCGGCAUCUCCCUUCAUGAGAUCCGCAAGCAAAGCAUCACUCUGCGGAACAUGGCCCAGUUUGUCACUAACGUCACAAUAAGGAGAAACUCGGGAGUGGAGGAGUGUGUGAGCUCGGAGGAGCUGGUCCCCGGCGACUGUGUGAUCAUCCCUCCGGAAGGUCUGCUGCUGCCCUGCGAUGCUGCCCUGCUGGCCGGGGAGUGUCUGGUGAACGAGAGCAUGCUCACAGGUGAAAGUGUCCCGGUGCUGAAAACGCCACUGCCGACUGGUGAUGGGGGGUACAGCUCGGAGACGGAGCGCAGACACACCCUCUUCUGUGGCACGCACCUCAUUCUGGCCAAAGGGGGCGGCGCCAGUGCCGUUGCUGUGGUCACGAGCACCGGGUUCUUCACAGCCAAAGGCAGCCUGGUUAGCUCCAUUAUGCAUCCCCAGCCGACCGACUUCCGCUUCUACAAAGACUCGGCCAAGUUCCUGCUCCUCCUGGGUUUCGUUGCUUUUAUGGGCACCAUUUACAGCAUCGUGGUCCUCUUCAAAAGCAAUGUGACUUGGUGGGAGUUGGUGAUCCGGAGCCUGGAUCUGGUGACCAUCGCAGUGCCUCCCGCCCUGCCUGCCGCCAUCACCACGGGCACCAUCCACGCCCAGCGCAGGCUGAAGAAGCAGGGCAUCUUCUGCGUCAGUCCGCCACGCAUCAAUAUCUGCGGCAAGAUCUCGCUCUUCUGCUUCGACAAGACGGGGACUCUUACGGAGGAAGGUCUGGACGUGUGGGGCGUGAUGGAGGGGGGAGCAGCUGGAUUCUCAGAGCUGGUCCCAGAUCCCAGCCUCCUGGCCCCUGGGCCCAUGCUCUCAGGCCUGGCCUGCUGUCACACCGUGACGCUGCUGCAAGGGCAGCCCCUCGGAGACCCUCUGGAGCUCAAGAUGGUCGAGUCCACCGGUUGGACCCUCCAGGAGCCGGAAGGAAAUGGAGACGCGUUGGAUUCAGAGUUCGGAGGCCACAGAGUUCUGGCUGUUGUAAAACCUCUUUCUCAAAGUACUUCCACGGGGCAGGCGGUGGCCAUUGUUCGGAGGUUUCCCUUCUCCUCGGCGCUGCAGAGGAUGAGCGUGGUGACGGUGGCCCACGGGGGACACUCAGCACUCGCUUUCCUCAAAGGAUCCCCCGAGAUGGUGGCCGGCCUCUGCCGGGCAGAAACCGUGCCGCAGCAGUUCUCCAGUAAACUGCGCAGCUUCUCCAGUGAAGGCCUCCGAGUCCUCGCCCUGGCCUGUAAACCAGUGGACGAGCGCACUGACCUGGGGACCAUUGAACGAGAGGAAGUGGAGAAAGAACUGCAGUUCCUGGGCUUCCUGAUGCUGAAGAAUCUGGUGAAGCCAGAAAGCGCCGGGGUCAUUAACGUUCUGAGACUGGCCAACCUCCGCAGCGCCAUGGUCACUGGGGACAACAUUUUAACAGCAGUCAACGUAGCAAAAACCUGUGGCAUGGUGGGAGUCGACGAGAAGGUGAUAUUCGUCAAUGCGACCCCCCCCACCGCCCAGUCCAUGCCCACUCUGGAGUUCAGCCUGGAGGGAGACCGGGCCACGGCGGGCCAAACCGCUAUCGUCCCUCAGAGACUUUACCAAAAUGGUUUUGACUAUCACCUGGCUAUUAAUGGCAAGUCCUUUGCUGCCCUCUGUAACCACUUCCCUGAGUGUUUGCCAAAGGUUUUGUUGCGUGCCACUGUAUUUGCACGCAUGGCUCCAGAUCAGAAGACCCAGCUGGUAAAGGAGCUGCAGAAACUGAACUACCGGGUGGGCAUGUGCGGGGACGGGGCCAAUGACUGCGGGGCCCUGAGAGCCGCUGACGUCGGGGUUUCCCUGUCCGAGGCCGAAGCUUCCGUCGCGUCGCCUUUUACUUCCAAGACCGAAGACAUCAGCUGCGUGCCGCUGCUCAUCCGAGAGGGCCGGUGUUCUCUGGUCACCUCCUUCAGUCUCUUUAGGUACAUGUCCCUGUACAGCCUCAUCCAGUUCUGCUCCGUCCUCGUCCUCUACACCGUGAGGACGACCCUGGCUGACCUCCAGUUCCUGUUCUGUGACUUGUUCGUGGUGACCUUGCUGGCCAUCGUGAUGGGGAGAGGAGGCCCCAGUGGGGAGCUGCACCCCCACAGACCCUCAGCCAGCCUGCUGGCCCUGCCCGUCCUGGGCAGCCUCCUCCUCCACACCGGCAUGGUUGUUCUGGGCCAGUUGGCCGCGCUUUUCAUCACCACCUCACAGGACUGGUACGUUCCACUCAAUUCAACGGUGUUCGGCGUGGCCAAUCUGCCCAACAUGGAGAACACCAGCGUGUUUUCCCUGUCAGCUUUCCAGUACAUCAUCAUGGCCGUGGUGGUCACCAAGGGGUACCCUCACAAGAAACCUCUCUUCUACAACUGGAUCUUCCUCUGCCUGCUGAUCGUCCUCUUUGCCCUGACGACUUGGCUGGUUUUGUAUCCCGGCCCCUUCGCUGGUCACCAACUACAGCUGCACAACUUCUUGGAUAUGGAUUUUAAAAUGCUGCUUGUCGCCGUGGCUGCUCUCAACUUCCUCGUUUGUUUUCUCGUGGAGGUGCUGGUAGACAAAGGCAUCCUGAACUGUCUUCGGUCGCUGCGUGGGAGGCGUCAGUCCAAGAAACAGUACAAACGUCUGAACGUGCUUCUGUGUGAAUCCCCGUUGUGGCCGCCGCUGAAUGAGACGAUGUCUCCCACAGAACACACGGUCAUCCACUGCAGCUAGCAGCUGCUGGGCCUCGCUGGACACGCUCAUUAAAGCCAAAAGAGUGCUGUGGAUGUCUGAGCAACAUCCAAAGUUUACCGUAAUUAAUAAAAUAUUGUUAUUUAAGUUUUUGUUUUUUUGUUUGAAAGAUGUUCGUGUCCCUUCCGCACGGGGCUGAGUUUCAUAUGAAAGUCGGGUUCCUAGAAAGGCAGCACACUGAGCUUAUAUUCAUGUCAGUGUUCAUUUAUAGUGCAAGAAUUCCAGAUGUUCUUUUCCCCUAAUCCACAAAUCUUUUGAUAGUGUUAAUUUUCCUCAGACGCGCAGAUUCAAAAGGAAAUCGCCCUUCAAUCUAAAGUCAUGAAUCAAUAAAUUUCAUUUUUGAAAAUCCUUUUAUUAAAUUGGUAUUUACAGGCAGUUUGUUCUCCCUCACAGCUCAGCUGGAUCCAUCAGUCAUCUGCUCUAUUUACUGAACUGAAAUCUGUUAACGGUGUUGUGAAUUCUGAUACAGUAACAAAAUCCACAUCCCGGAAGUAAAGAAGUGAUACAGGAGGCACGAUCUGAAUCCAAUACUCGUACAAAUUUCUAUUGAUGUGCACCACUGAAUAUGGCUUGAUUGAGAUCUGCUGGGCACAAUGGUCCUGCUCAUACUGGUUCACAUACAGCUCCAUGUCCCAUGUCAGCAGAGCACCAUCAGUUAAACAAAUCAUACGGGGUGAUGUAACCGUUCCACACCGCGCUGCCAACAGUCAGACCAAAAAUACAAACGGCACUCAUUCGUCUCGGGGCGUGGACGUCGUGUCUGUUACAACUCAUGUGUUGGCGCUCUUGCGAACGUCGUGCUAAAUGCGGACAUUUGCUUUUUGAGCAAUCAAACCCUCUGGAAAAAUACAAUCUUUGUCAAGUGCACUUUCACCCGAGUUCUCCUACGCACUCUACGUCAGUGAGAGACACGAGGAAACGCAGUCUAGUCGUCCACCCAGCUGACCCUCAUGUUUCUACCAACACCCCUUCCAUGAUGACAUCCAAAUUAUAUACACAGGUUGAUUUUAAAAUGGGAUUUUGGUUCAUUUCGGUUAAAAACACUGCUCCGACAUUGCUACUAUAUUUUACAAAAAA